AUGAUUCCCGAACUUCUGUACGCACUUGUUGGGCUUGUAAUCCUCUUACAUGUCGCCGAGCGCAUACUCAGUCUUUGGGAUGACCCUCGGGAGCCCCCUCGCGUCUGGUCGCGAGUGCCGUUUCUAGGCCAUGCAAUCGGACUGACGCGAUUUGGCCCAGAGUAUUUUCGAUUCGUAGGGAAAAAAACAAAUGCAGAACUAUACACACUCGCCUUGCCCGGCUCCAAGACGUAUGUGAGCAACACGCUACACCUGAUGACGCUCAUCCAGCGGAACUCAAAAUCGCUUUCCUUCGACCCAUUUGCUAUCAUGACAUCCAAGAAGAUGGCAGAUGCCUCUGAAGACGUUCUCCACCAAAUGACGACAGAUUUCGCCCAUGUUAGUCACAGGACAAUGCGGAAUAGCCUGCAGAAGCCGUCUUCUGAGAACGAUCAAAUGAAUGCGCGAAUGGCCAGUGAGGCUGCUUUGCACGUUGACAAACUGAUCGAAGGCGCUGUCACAGCGGCUGCAAGCGGCGCCACAUACAAGAAGGUCAUGCUGCUGGACUGGGUGCGGCACUUGGUCGUCCAGGCUUCAAGCUGUGGGGUCUACGGCCUUGAGCAUCCGUUCCGCGAUCCCAAGGUCGAGACCGCGUUCUGGACAUGGGCUUCCUAUCUCCCCUGGCAUUUCGCUGGUUUGGAUCUUCUCGGCACGGGCUAUGCCGCACGUGAAAAGCUAUUUGCUGCUUUUCGUGCCUACUCAAAGCGCGUGCCCGAUGAUGCCAGCUCUCUGAUCAAGGAAAAUGACCGAGUCUAUCGUGAGGCGAGCUGGGCGGCAGAAGAUAUUGCCAGGCAUCAUGCUAUUCUCAGCAACGGCGUGUUUAGUAACACCUCACCAUCACUCUACUGGGCUAUACAUGACCUUUAUUCUCGCCCAGAUAUUGUGUCUGAGGUCAGGAAUGAAGUAGUGACCAACGCCGUUGGCGGAACCAAAGAGACCGGCUUCACACUUGACAUCGCGGCAGUAAAGCAGAAAUGCACGUUGCUGCUUUCUACGUACCAAGAGACGCAGCGACUACGACAUUCACACGCCAAUAUCCGUGCUGUUCUACAAGAUACCAUCUUAGAUGACAAGUACCUACUCAAAAAGGGCAGUCUGAUACAACUGCCACCCGAGCGAAUUCAUGCAGACACAGCACUGUGGGGUUCCACGGCUACAGAAUUUGAUCCCUAUCGAUUCGUUAAAAAGAAGCUGGCGCCUGGUUUCCUAGCCUGGGGCGCACCGCCACAUCUCUGUCCCGCCAGACAAUUUGCGGCAGUGGAAGUUCUGGUUGUGCUGGCGCUGUUGAUUUUGCGUGUCGACUUGGAGCCCGCCGGCAGCUCGGAUGGCGCGAUGACUUGGAAGCAAACACCUCCACCAAGUACGACAGCUACUAUCUCGACCUUGCCUUAUCCACGGGAAGACUUGAAAGUCACAGUGAAGGUCCGGGGCGAGUGGGCCGGACAGUGGACUCUGUUGAACUCGAGCGACAGUCGCACCAAAGUGCCUCUUGCCUCUACUUAA